UUGACUAUCUCUUUGUUUCGAUUCAUGAUAUUCUUCUACGUAAAGCACUCUAUUUUCAGCUGACCUUUCUUUCAAGUUUCCACUCUCUGGAUUUCAUUUGCACUUUGGCAGUUUUUCCCAAAAAGCUUCCGCUUCCAGGCAUAACAAGUUACAUUAACAAAGCAGAUUCUUAAUAAUUCAUGGCUGGUAUCAUAAGCUUAAAGGCCUUGGUGGACAAGGGGAGCAACAAAGUUAUCUUCAUCGAGUCAGACAAUGAUUUUGUUGAUGUUCUCUUCAGUUUCUUGACAAUUCCCAUUGGAACGAUUGUCAAGCUCACCAGUAAACAGGCAGUACCAUUGCACAUAGGUUGCAUGAACAAUUUGUAUGAUAGUGUUGUGAAUAUUGAUGUUCAGCAUUUUGAAACAGAAGCAUAUAGAGACAUGUUGCUAUCUCCCCAGAAUGGGGCUGAAUCUUAUUGCAAGAACCUCAAGGUGAAAAUUGAUGAUUUUGUGCAGAAAGGCUACUUUCUAUGUGAAAGUUGGAAUUGCACCUUCUUUGAAAACAGGUUAUUAAGUCAUUAUAAAGGUGAUUGUUGUCAAUGUGGAAGAUGCAUGAAUGUCAGUUGUGGUCUUACAGCUCCAUCCUCGGUUGAGAAAGAUGGCGGCAUCUUUGUAAAAAAAAAAACAGCCAGACUCAUGAUUACUGAUGAUUUGCAUGUGAUGUCCCCAUUAUCUGCAGCAACUUGUUCUAUAAUAACGAAUCUUGGAGUGGGGAACGAGAAUAGCAAAGUUGAACAGUUGAGUUUCAAAGUGGAAGUUAAUCAGGUACUUGAUGUUUAUGUGCUUCACCCCUUUUUGUUGACCUGUAAUGUUGUGGUUUCUGAAUCUGACCUGAUGCCUUUUUUCCAGGUUAUGGAAUUGCUAAUGAGCUCUUUAGUAUCAAAGACACCUUUGACUGAAAUUCUGCUGAGGCAUAAACAACAGAAACUGAGCAGUGAAAAUGUUCAUGAACGAAUAUGUAUUGGAUUGCAAGUGUCUGGAGAUGUUUUGGAUGAAAAUGAAAAAAAGAUUUCUGUUAAGCUUACAGUUAGAAAAUCGAAGAAUAUUGUUUGUUAUGCAGAAGCAGGGCAGGAUUUUGUUAAUCUACUCUUCAGUUUCUUGACUCUUCCACUUGGGGUUAUAUUAAGACAUGUGCAGGAUGUUUCUGUGUUGAGUUUCUGUGUCUGUGGGUUAUGGCUAGUGAAGGAAAAUGCUUCAAAGGCACUAUGAAUUUACGCUUUCCUUUAGACUUUAUUUGCCCCACAACAAGUGUGCAAAGGGGUUUGAUCAAAUAAGCCUUUAGGAUACAAUGAAGCCUAGCAGUCCUGCUAUUGUUGAUCGGUGUCUUGCACUUACGAAGAUCAACCAAACACUCAAUUGAAAGUUACAAGAGGCUCAAGGUUUCUGGAACUAAAACUGCAGUUUAUAGUUUCCAGAUUUGUUUUGUAAAGCAGGGAAGUAAUGGAUUGGAGGAACUGAAAGAAUAAA